AUGUCUGCUGCCUGCUGUCUUCAAUCUGAAGAUCGGUUUCUGUGCUCCAUCUGUCUGGAUCUCUUCACUGAUCCAGUCUCCACACCAUGUGGACACAACUUCUGCAAAAACUGCAUAAGUCAACACUGGGAUAUCAGUGAGAGGUGUCAGUGUCCUGUGUGUAAAACGGUGUUUGAGAUCAGACAUGAGCUGGGGGAAAUCUCUGAGCUGAUGAAGAGAAGCUCUGAGGUGGAGCAGCUCUCACUCUCUAAAGAUCACCUCCACCUCAUUCAACGCUUCUCAUGCCUACAAGUUGCUCCAACCAGCAAUGACUGGACAGAGGUCAGUAUCCAUCCACUAUCAUAUGAGCUGUUUGAGGCUGAGCUGAAGAGGAUCCAGCAGUAUGCAGUGGAUAUGACUCUUGAUCCUGAUACAGCACAUCCGAAACUUAUCCUGUCUGAUGAUGGAAAACAAGUACACUGUGGUGAUAGAAGGAAGCAACAUCCAGACAACCCAGAGAGAUUUUUUAAAGGUGUUUGUGUUUUAGCAAAGCAGAGUCUCUCUUCAGGCAGAUUAUACUUUGAAAUUCAGGUUAAAGAAAAGACCAAAUGGUUUUUAGGGGUGGUCAGAGAGUCAAUCAACAGGAAGGAAGACCCCAAUCCGAGUCCUGCGAAUGGUUACUGGACAGUAAUUUUAGGUAAAAAUAGUUUUAUAGCUCUUGACAACCUUCCAGUCCAUCUUCCUCUUCAUCGUCCUGAGAAGGUGGGAGUGUUUGUGGAUUAUGAGGAGGGUCUGGUCUCCUUUUAUGAUGUAGAUGAUGCAGCUCUUAUCUACUCCUUUACUGGCUGCUCCUUUACCGAGAAACUCUACCCAUUCUUCUGUCCCGGUAAUAAUGAUGAUGGUAACAACUCUGCGCCGCUGAUCAUCUGUCCUGUCAAUCAGCCAGUCUGAUCUUUUUACAUGAGGAAAUUGGAUCAAUUAUAGGUUAAGCUCAUUAUUUUAACUAACACAAAGAAGAAGUCCUAUAAACAGAACUUGGCAAACUGCACCUUCUGAAGAUUAUGAGA